AUGGCGUCCAAGGGCAUGUGGGAGGUUGAUCCUGAGACGCGGUCCAAGCUCGCGACUCUCCAAAAAGAAUCCAAGAACAACAUCUGCUGCGACUGCAAUGCGCCGUCCCCACAAUGGGCAUCUCCCAAGUUUGGUAUCUUUAUCUGCCUCUCCUGUGCUGGUGUGCAUAGAGGCCUCGGUGUCCACAUUUCCUUCGUCCGAAGUAUCUCUAUGGACGCUUUCAAAUCGAGCGAAAUUGAACGAAUGCGACUCGGUGGCAAUGAGGGAUGGAGGACCUUUUUUGAAGAGCAUGAACAGACCAAGAUGAUGGGCAUCACAUGGGAAGAUUCAACUAUUGCAGAGCGCUACAGCGGUGAAGUUGGUGAGGAGUGGAAGGAAAGAUUGAGCUGCAAGGUCGAAGGCCGUGACUACGUUCCUGGUGCGAAGAAGCCUGCCGCUGCGCCUGUGAAGCCCGCCUCACGAACUGGAACCCCCAUGAGUGGCAGCACAAACCGGAACGAGAGCCCCUCGGCAGCAUCAGGAGGCAAGGUCAAGGUGGACGACCAAUAUUUCUCAAGGCUUGGAGCCGACAACGCGGCACGGCCCGAUCAUCUGCCACCUAGCCAAGGAGGAAAAUAUGCUGGUUUUGGAAGCACGCCUGGACCUAGUCAGUCGGAUAAUGACCUCGGCUUUGGAGAUUUCCAAAAAGAUGCCGUGGCGACUUUGACUAAAGGUUUCGGAUGGUUUACGUCGACCGUUUCAAAGACCGCCAAGACGGUCAACGAUGGCUACAUCCAGCCCACUGCUAAGCAGCUCGCCGAGGGUGACUUUGCUAAGCAAGCUCAAUUAACAGCUUCUGCCUUCGCUAAGCAGGCUCAAGCAGCAGGCAAGAAUGCCCAGGAUGGCUUUACCAGAUUUGUAGAGGGACCCGAUAACCAAAAGAGCCGAGAUGCUCCCUUGGAUGAAAGCAAGAAGAGCUUCUGGGACGAAUUCUCAAACUUGGCCGACCAGAGACAACCUGCCAAUAACUCUAUCGGAACGAGUGCUAUGGGUAUGGGUAAGAAGAACACAACAGCUCCUCCACCAAAGAAGCAGGAUGAUGGAUGGGAUGACUGGUGA